GAACCGGUCUUCUGGUGCGGUUUAAAAACAUGACAUCCAGUGCAGCUGGGGUUUUAGGGGUUUUGGCUCUGUCGCUCAAGCUUGUGUCUCUUAAUCUUUCUCUGGUAGGGUUUUAGCAAAGGUAAGAGAGAAGAAGAAGAGAAGGUUAUAUCUUGAUGCUCAAACAAUGCAGCAUCAUUUUAAUUCAUUUCCCUCUCAACAUUCCAGCCAAAUCCAAUCCAACAAUAGUACUGUUCCAGUUCAGGUUUUCCCAACAAAUCCAUCUCUAGCAAAUUUAUGCAACAUGUUGCAAAAUUCUAUGCCAAUUCAACCUCAACUGGGUAUUAUCAAUCCUCAAAUUCCAAUUCCUUUCAACAAUUCCAAUACCAUUAUGCCAAAUAUGCCACCUUUGAUGACUCAACAACCUGGCUUUGUUAAUCAACUGGGUAUACCUCAAAUGGGUUUUGCUCCACAAACCAAUAUGAAUACCAUCCCCAUGUUCAUGAAUCAACUGAACCCAUGUCAACCUCAAGGUCAACCAUUUGCCUUUAAUUUCUCCAAUUUGCCUCAACAGCUCCAUCAUAAUAUGGUGUUCCCCAAUCCAAAAACUAUAAUGCAAAAUCUGAACCCUGUUGUGCCCAUCCAAAUGUCAAAUCCUUCUCAAGCUGUUGGUCCUCGAAAUCCCAGCUCUUUUGCAAAUCCAUUGUUUGUUGUUGGGCAGCAAGGCAAUUCGAAUCAGCAGAACUUUUUGGAGGAUAAGAGAACUCAGCAAGUACAAGGGAGCUUGUUCACAAUGCCACAAACUCAAAACUCGAGACCCUCUGCUUCAUUUAGGCGGCAGGGUAAUCCUGUUAGUGAUGGCCGGAAUAGUACUUCAACUUCUAAUUGGAAAAGCUUCCCAGGCAAGGGCUUCAAAAAGAAUCCAAAGAAAGAGGCAUCAAAAUUGGGAUAUCAAAAGUCCCAGUUCCAUCAUGUGAAUAAUAGAAAGAGAAUGUUUGGGUUCUCUAAUGAGCAUAAGGGAAAAGGGUAUCGCUAUGAAAGGGCAACUAAAUAUGGUCGCACUAAUCCUAUUGAGCAGACUAUGGAAAACAAAAGGUCUCUUGCUUUGAUCUAUACGGAACAAGAAAUCAAACAAUGGCGUGAAGAACGAAGGAAGAACUACCCAUCAAAAGCAAACAUUGAGAAGAAGGGCAAUGAAAGACUAACAAACUCUGGAGUUUUCAAUAAAGAGGCCAAACAACGUCGAGAGGUAAUUUGUUGGAAACCUUGUUUGCAGCAACUCAAGGAAAUAUUGGCAAAGCAGGCUGAGUUAGGAGUUGAAGUUGCAGAAAUACCAUCACACUAUUUGUCAGAUUCAGAGAAACAAGUAAAUGAAAGGGAAGAUAAUAGAAUGUUUGUCACUAAAAAAGGUAGAUUCUUGAACAAGCGUGACAGAAGGGGAAGAUAUAACAGAAAUGAUCGGUUGGCCAAGCAGCAAACAUUAGCAAACAAGGAUUCAUCUAAUAUGUCUUCCUUCAACGAAAGGAAGCCAACACUUUUGCAGAAGCUUCUGAGUGCAGACAUAAGGAAAGAUAAGCACCACUUGUUGCAGGUUUUUAGGCUAAUGGUGGCAAACUCUUUCUUUGAUGAUUGGCCGGAGAAGCCUUUGAAAUUUCCUUUGGUAGUAGUUAAAGAAUAUGGUAGGGAGGACGAUGAGCAGGUAGCUGAAAAUUCCUCAAUUACUGGGAAGGUGGUUAAUGAAGUUAGGAAGAAGACAAUAGCUGAAAAUAUUGACCAUGUCGGUGCUGAUGAUGAUGACGAUGGUGAUGAAAGAGUGGAACAAAAGACACGUUAUGCUGGGGGUAAAUUUAGUCUUGUUAAGGAAAUUGACAAAACUGAAGAAGAGGAGGGAGAAAUCAUCGACUAAGAUUGCUUCUCUUGUUCCUAGUGCCAAGCAUUGUGUUAUAGAAACUAUUUCUUUGCUUAUUUAUUAUUUUUCCCUUAAAGUUUGGAUGCGGCGUGUCAACUAUAUGAAUUAGGUUGAAGCAAAAGAACAGUUUUGAAUGAGAUUGGGACAUGAAAAGCUGCUCAGUAGGUAAUUGGAGAGUGGUAGAAAUAACAGAGAAUCCUCCUUUCCUACUAAA